UCAAGGACAAGGACAAACAUAACCUAAAUACAAAACACUCAGUCAGUAGUCAGUUCGGUUCCCCGGCUCGCUUUCGCUUUCGCUAACUCACUGAACUGACUGCCAGGGUGCCCGCCCAGUGCCAGUGCCCACUGCCCACUGCCCAGUGCCCAAAAGCCCAGUGAGUUGAGUGCCCAGGAGCAGGACGUGGACGUCAUACAGUUAGGUUAGGGAUUAGGCCGCUUCCCACAGUCCAAUCUAUCUUAUCUUAUCCUGUUUGUGUGGAUAUAACAACGGUUUUUCAUAACAACUUGUUGAGCGCUUUCCUUAUAACGAGUACAACAACAAUAAUUGUUCUGAAGUAUCUUAGUAGCUAUCUUCACGGCCGUUCGUUUGUCUUUGUGGAGUGUUUUAACAAUGGGGUUGACAAGUGGUAAGUGCAUCGCUUCGACGAGGUUGGACAACAAAACAGUUAUUAUCACAGGAUGUACGUCUGGAAUCGGAAAAGUUACUGCGAGGGAGUUAUAUAAACUGGGUGCUAGAGUUGUAAUGGCUUGCAGGGAUGUAAAUAAAGCCGAAGAGGCAUUAGAAGACAUCAAAACUGUAGUCCAAGCUGAACAGCCUCCACCCAAAGUCGGAGAGAUGGUGGUCCAAAAACUUGAUCUUGCUUCCCUGGCCUCUGUUCGGGAAUGUGCUAAGAAGAUUUUGGAUACGGAGAAGCAUAUUGAGAUACUAAUCAACAAUGCUGGUGUAAUGAUGUGUCCAUACACUCUCACAGAGGACGGGUUUGAGAUGCAGCUUGGGACCAACCAUCUUGGACAUUUCCUCUUCACUUGUCUACUUCUCCCAAGGAUUGUCAGUUCUGCGCCUGCUAGGAUUGUCACUGUGUCUUCAGUGGCUCACGCAAGAGGCAAAAUUGACUUUGAAGACCUCAAUUGGAAGACAAGAUCGUACAGUGCACUAAGAGCUUAUCAGCAAAGCAAACUUGCAAAUGUGCUCUUCAGCAAGGAACUGGCUAGAAGAUUAAAAGACAAGAACGUGACAACAUACUCGCUCCAUCCUGGUGUCAUCAGGACAGAGUUGGGCCGUCACAUGGACACAGUCUACUUCCGAGGUGCUCGCAACCUGGCUGCCACGCUCGGCUACUUCUUCUACAAGACUGUAGACCAAGGCGCUCAGACAACCUUGCACUGCGCCCUGGAUGAGACUGCCGGCUCUCAGACUGGCUUGUACUACAGUGAUUGUGCUGUGAAAGAGCCUUGUGAACUAGCCAAAGAUGAGGAGCUGGCCAAGCGACUGUGGGAGGAGAGUGCUAAACUGACGGGAGUGGACUGGGAUCCCUUCACAGUGCAGGACUCUAACAAAUAACUGCUCUACAGAUACCUACAGAAGAACUAGAGUCUUCCAUACAAAGCAACCUGAGCUGGCAUGUUCAGGACUACUGGGUCUAAAAAUAGUUAUUACAAUGACAGUGGAAAUACGAGGACAGUGUAAGUACCAUUUUAAAGGGGUGCCAGAUUACCGGGGUUUUUAUGGUAGUGGAAUGAAAAAAGACCCUCGGGUUAUUGGUAUUUAAUUUCAUUUUUUUAAAGUAGGUGAAAGACAUAAAGAAAUUUCGGUCACUAUAGCAUUGG